CUGGCGUCUGAUGCGAAGAAAUGUCGCUCCUGUGACGGCAAGCCACGCACCGAAAAGAAUCUCGUAACGAUACUUUUCCACCACGGUUUCCGAGAAGUUACCAGGCAUUGUACUGAGGCGGUCGACCAAAAGCAAAGGUGGAAAAUGCAACCAAGGUUGCAGGAUUGGGCGGGAGACGUCUUGUUAACUAGGACGAGCUUCAUGACGUCGUCGGCACACCAUCACGCGCUCGCCACCGCCAUAUGCAUCACACCAGCCCUCAGACCACUACAAUCCCACUGAAAAGCAUCGUGCCCAGAUUCACCAUGGUUUUCGUAAAUACAGCGCCAUUUACUCUUUUCCUCUUACUAACCAUACGUCUAAGACAAAACUUACCUACCAUUGUCAAUUUACUGUGCAGCCGUCGCAUCGCUUUGUCCACGCUCACUUCCCCUUGUCUGGGCUUAUCACGGGAUUACCAUCACUCUAACUACUCAACAGUCAAGGUCAGAUCAACCAUCAUGAGUACGCUAGACAAGCCAGGUUCCAAUCGCAGCCUAAUCUCGUCUCGCCUUGAACAUGAUACCGUUCAGUUAUCUAGCUCGACGUCACCUCUAGAAAUUCGAAUUUUGCUUGAAACCAUCAUAAUGUCAGCACCAAAACUCACAUCAGGCGCAAACAAGACCACCUCGUUUGACACAGAUAUUGGAUCCCUGCCUUCAACAUCCGACGACUUCCAACCUCGAGUCAUAUCCGAACGAACAUUCAUUAUCGUCACUUCCGUGCUAGCUGCCACACUCAUCUUGACCAUCCUUAUUGGAUGCGUACACUUCAUUCGCCGACGACACCGGCGGCAACAUGGCAAGAAUCGCGAACAACAAGAUAUUGAACAAAGUCUACAACGAGCUCGGAGGCCAAUACUCACCAUAGAUACUGAUCUAUCACACGCAAAAGAUUUGACUAGGCCUGCAAUCAGAGCCACCUUACCGUAUUUGCCCGGGUACAGUGAGGUACCAUCUGCGCCGUUGGUUCAGGUCAGGACUGCUCCUCCAAGCAUCUACAGCUCUGGAAUGAGUGCUUUCGGCCCAGAAUACGAUAAUGCCUGUGCAUCAGGGCACUACAUUCCAAGAGAUGAACUUCAGAGAGUGCACGCAGACCCAUAACCCGUAUGAUAUGGGACUCGACCGCUACACGUAGAUCAGUGGGAUUAUUCUACAAGUCGGCUGCUGAUAGCACUUUGUGUGCUCACUUCCCUUGAUUCCCUACACAUUGUU